AUGGAAAUGAAUACUUUAAAGAACAAAGAAUUGUUAUUAAUACAACCUUCUGCGGAGGCUAUGCUGGAUGGAGCUUCACGCAAGCGAACGGGUGCCCCGGUAACGGAUUACAAGAUUAUUCCUUUCCCUGGUGGGAUGACUCUUGGAGCAGCAGCAGCAGCAGCAGCGGUGGCAGCAGCAGCGGGGGUGGGGGCAGCAGCAGCGGAGGUGGCAGCAGCAGCGGAGGUGGCAGCAGCAGCGGGGGCAGCAGCAGCAGCAGCAACACCACCACUUCAACAGCUUCAACAGAAUCUGAAGACUCAGGCAGCAACAAUGGAGGGUGGGGGGGCUGGUGGCCCUGGCCUAGUGAAGCGUCAGCUGCAGCUUCGUCUCUCUUCGUUCUUCUGCUUGCUCUCCUCGCGCCUUUGCUGCAUGCAACUCGCUAAAUUCAACUGUAUACGCAGCUUGAUAGGUCCAGCUGUAUACGCAGCUUGA